AUGUCGGAGAGAAAUUACAGCAGAGUGAAUGAAUUUUUAUUAACUGGAUUCCCUGGACUUCAUCCAGAGCACUAUGGUCUGGUUUCAGCUGUUUUAUUCUUUGUGUACCUGAUGACUGUAAUUGCAAAUACUCUAGUAUUGUUCUUAUUUGCAACUAACCAAAGCCUCCAUAAGCCCAUGUAUCAUAUCAUUUUAAAUCUAUCUGCAUGUGACCUUCUCUUCAGCACAACAACUUUACCUAAAAUCAUCACCAGAUACUGGUUUAAAUCAGGGGCUAUUUCAUUUACUGGUUGUUUUGUUCAAAUGUUUUUUGUUCACUAUCUUGGCUCAGUGAACUCCUUUAUAUUCUUCCUCAUGGAUUUUGACAGGUACUGUGCCAUCUGCCAUCCUCUCAAAUACACAACUAUUUUGACAAAAAUCAGAAUACUUAUUCUCAGUCUGGCCGCAUGGAUAAUUGCCAGUUUAUUCCCGUUCAUACUGAUUUUUAGAGCAUAUCCUCUUCCUUAUUGUGGCUCAAAUAUAAUCAAUCACUGUUUCUGUGAUCAUAUUGGUAUAACAGUUUUGGCCUGCACUGACAGGACACCAUACGCCCUUACAGCUUUUGUGAAUGCCAUGAUUGUACUCCUUGUACCUCUGGCAUUCAUAGUUUUCUCUUAUUGCUCUAUACUUAUUGAGGUUAGCAAAGUAGCAGGUAUCAAAAAUCGUCUAAAAUCAUUGUCAACAUGUAGUACUCAGCUGAUAAUAAUCUCACUAUAUUAUUUACCUAGAUGUUUUGUAUAUUUAGCAAGUAAUGUUGGUAUUAGUUUUAGUAGUGAUGUGCGAAUUGUAAUUAUUAUGCUUUAUAGCCUUGGUCCUCCGAUGGUCAAUCCACUAAUUUACUGUCUGAGAGCGAAAGAAAUAAGAAAUUGUUUGUGGAAGCAGUUUUACAAAAUUGUGCCCUCAAAAGCACAAGUUGCACAAGUUUCAGCCAUCAGUACCUGA